AUGGGCUGCAUUUUAGGACAUGGACAACAAUCUAACGUCGCGGAAUCAAGAGUAAAUAGAGAUGAUAAAGCAAUUGCAGAGCUUAAAAUUACUCGAGAUAAAGUCAGAGCUUACAUUAAAAAACUUGAAAACUGCAUCGACCAUUGUAAAUCCGCAAUAAAAACUUGCAUCCAAAAUAAGCAAAAAGAUAAAGCCUUGCUAGCACUUAAAAAGCAAAAAUAUUUAGAAAAGAACUUAGAAACUGCAAGAGGAGAACAGUUAAAUCUUGAUCAGCUCAUAAGUGACGUGGAAAAUGCCCAGAUUCAGAAAAAUAUUUAUGAAUCUCUAAAGCAAGGCACUGAGUUUCUUAAAUGCAUAAAUCAACAAUUAACAGUUGAUGAUGUUGAAAAGCUUAUGGAAGAAACUGCUGAAGCCAUUGAAUACCAGCAACAAAUUGGUGAAGCAUUGUCUCAGCAAGCAGUAGUCCAUGAUGAUAAUAAACUUUUAGAAGAACUGGACAAUUUAGAAGUUUUAGAGCUUGAUAUUCCUUCAGUCCCUAUUCAACCCCUGCCUAAGGUUAAAAAAGAAGUGCCUGAAGAAAAAUAUGAAGAAAAUGUAUCAGGUGAGAAAAAUGUUAUCGUUAUUUAA